AUAAGGGACUGCACUGGGGAUAAAAACAAGGCAGUUAGGCUCAUUUCCAAGUAUUUCGACACGUAUCACAUGUCCAAACAUGUGGCCGAUCCACCAGUAUGCUAUCCUAAUGAAAUCGCUCUACAAAAUGCGGCCAUUGAACUUUGAAGAGUGAGAGAGUUGAUAAGGAGAAAUCAGAAAAUGGUAGAGAAUGAGACGAAAGCUGAAGAGACUGAGAGAGGAUAUGACCGGAAAAGAGAGUUGACAACCUUUUAUGAGUGGAAAGCCGGUGUCAAGGGACUAGUAGAUGCUGGGGUAGAGAAAAUCCCACACAUCUUCAACUGCAAAAAAUUCAGUUUCAACAAGAACCUGGGAACCGGCCUAUCUCAGUUCUGCAUUCCGGUGAUAGACUUCGAGGGUGUCCACUCAAGGUCCAUCCGGCGAUCUGAGAUUGUCCAGGCAAUCCUUGAUGCAUCCAAGAGAUGGGGUUUCUUUCAGGUUAUCAAUCAUGGGAUCCCGACAAGUCUGUUGGAUGGGAUGAUCCAGGGGAUUCGCCGCUUCCAGAAACAGGACUUGGAGGUGAAGAUAGAGUUUUACACGCGGGAUAUCAAGCAGAGAAAGGUCAUUUAUCUCUCCAACUUCGACCUGUACCAGGCACCUGUAACUAAUUGGAGGGACGCUUUGGGUUUAGUGAUGGAGUCUGAUCCACCCAGUCCGGAAGAACUGCCCAAUGUUUGCAGAAAACACUGCACAAUAGGACAAGAAGAGAAUCUAAUCCCUCUUCCUCAUUUCCCGGAUAUGGAGAAGAAUCUGGAUACUGUGUUGUGGGUGCCUUUCCAACUGCCGGGCAUUAGUCUGAAUUGGGUCGGAUCACCAUUCGAAGCUCUCAGGAGGGAAAGAGAGCUCAAAGCCUUCCAUGAGUCAAAAGCCGAUGUGAAGGGGCAUGCACAUUUUGGCGUGGGAAGGGUCCCGCUGAUCUUCAUUGAACUUGGCUUGGCUUCACAGAUUGGGUUAAAGAACCAAAACUCGAUGAAUCUUUUGCCGGCAUGUUGAUCUCAGGGAUAAUUAUCUUCCUUAGAUUUCAAAUAUUAAUUAAAUGUACGUAUGAAUUGUUCCACUUAAAUAUUUUUAAUUAACUUUAACUUUUCGCACCU